UGGUCUUUUUAGCCAAUCGGCAACGCACUCUGGUAACACUGGCUGACACGUAGCCUCAUUCGUUUUGUUAUUUCCAAAGUGUGCGACGCGUGCAUCCCAAGACAAACAACACAACAAUGGCUCCACCACAGAGAAUGCGCGUCGCCAACGAGAAGGCCAGCAAAUAUGUGACGAUGCGUGGCAAUGUCCCCAAAUCCUCGAAAACGAAAGAGGGUCAGUAUCCCGUGGGUCCCUGGCUCCUGGCGCUGUUCAUCUUCGUGGUCUGCGGCUCGGCCAUUUUCCAGAUCAUUCAGUCGAUUCGCGCCGCGUAAGGAGAGCUCUCCCCUCAGUUCCGCUUCGCACAACUGUCACCAGCCGCCACAUCUAGCGAGGAUGGGACACCUUUCCGCAACUUCACUAUACACUUCCCCCAAUAUACAGAACAGAAACGUAGCUGAAUUUUGAUUACUGAAACCCCCGGAAACAUGUGCAAAUGCCUAUAAAAAAUGUAACUUGGCUUUCCAGUUGAUUUUCGUGUCUGCAAUAUGUAUUUUCUAAACACAAACUUUAAGUCCAUUUAACGCGUUUUGCAUUAAUUAAUUGUAAGCUCCGCAGCCAACUGAACGUUAUGUGCAUUCCUGCUAAAAUGUCUCCUACACUCACUGAAAUAGCUGAACGCGAUCCAAUAUCCCAAUUAAAGGCGAUAUAUAUAAUGCA